AUGGGGGUGGGCCGGGUCUCGAGGUGUAAAACCCGCAGACGAGGGCCGCAACCAGUAUGUCGAAACCGCGGCAUCCCCUUGACCGCUACAGAGCUGAGUGUUAACCAGACUCCCUCUGAAAAUAAUAAAAGGGAAGUACUCAGAAUAGGGUUCAUGAACAUAAGGUCGCUUUCAUCGAAGGCGCUCUUGGUCCAUGAUCUAAUUAUUGAUAAAAAGAUCGACAUACUGGGGCUUUGUGAAACCUGGUUAAAACCAGAUGAGUUUCUAGCCUUAAACGAAGCUACUCCACCCCAUUAUGUUAGCACCCAAGUAUCUAGAGAAGUUAAGAAAGGUGGUGGAGUAGCCCUGAUAUCUAAUUCUAAGCUUAAUUUAAAGCCAAAGAAUAGAUAUAUUUUCAGAUCCUUUGAGGUGCUAGCGCUCUGCACCUCAGCUCCUCGAGAAGCAAAACGAGUUCCAGACUCUUUUGUUUUAGCUGUAGUAUACCGUCCCCCAGGACCGUAUUCAGUUUUUCUGGAUGAGUUUUCUGACUUUGCAGCUGAUUUGGCUACAUAUUCAGACAAUAUUUUGCUUAUUGGGGAUUUCAAUAUUCACGUGAAUAACCCGUCUGAUGCCCUCACAAGGGCUUUUCUGUCCAUUACAGAUACGCUUGGCUUCAAACAGCUCGUCCAGCAUCCAACCCACAUCGGUGGAAACACGCUGGAUCUCGUUCUGACCCGCGGUGUUGAGCCCGAUUAG